GCGAGGCGCAGCCGGGCUGCCCGGGCGGCCGUCAUGCCGUCCUCGCCGCUUCGUGUGGCCGUCGUGUGCUCCAGCAACCAGAACCGCAGCAUGGAGGCGCACAACAUCCUCAGCAAACGAGGAUUCAGUGUCCGAUCCUUUGGAACAGGGACUCACGUGAAACUGCCAGGACCAGCACCGGACAAGCCGAAUGUUUACGAUUUCAAAACAACAUACGAUCAGAUGUACAAUGAUCUGCUUAGGAAAGACAAAGAACUAUACACACAGAAUGGGAUUUUACACAUGUUGGACAGAAAUAAGAGAAUCAAGCCACGACCAGAAAGAUUCCAGAACUGCAAAGAUAUUUUUGAUUUGAUUCUAACAUGUGAAGAAAGAGUCUAUGAUCAAGUAGUAGAAGAUUUAAAUUCCAGGGAGCAGGAGACAUGUCAGCCAGUGCAUGUGAUCAAUGUGGACAUUCAGGAUAAUCACGAGGAGGCCACUCUUGGUGCUUUCCUUAUCUGUGAGCUCUGCCAGUGUAUACAGCACACAGAAGACAUGGAAAACGAAAUAGAUGAGCUCUUACAGGAAUUUGAAGAGAAAAGUGGAAGGACUUUUCUUCAUACUGUCUGCUUUUAUUAAAGCACAUCUGUCUCUUAGGCCUUAAUACAGAUGAAAGAAGCAUGUGUUUAACGUUCUGAUUAUACUGUAUUUUCCUGGAAAGUGAAUGCUGUUUUGUUUUCAUUUUUUCUUUGUGUUUUUUUUU